AUGUACGAACAACACGCAGCCGAGCUACAACUACUAGUCACGAAUUUCCGAAAGAAAAACACCGAUCUCAGGAAGGACAGGCCCUCAUUCCCUAGCCAAUUAUUCUACACGUGGGAAACGUUCCUGCAAGAGGUGGAAACGGACUCGAAGUCAAUCAGUGACGUAGCCAGUGUACUCGGUCGACAAAUUUCUAGGCCGCUUUUAGAUAGGUCGUUCUAUCGAAAAGUACAAUCACGUAAAGUAUUCAGCCAAAGAGACUCGUUGGAAUUGAUCUUGCAAAAGUCUGAGGAUAAACUAUCAAAGUGCAGAGAAGAUUACAAACGUUCUUUCCUUGCCCAGCUGUCAUCUCCAAACAGCUCAGCAUCCCUAUCUUCGUACCUCGACGCCCACAAUGCCUACGUCACUCAACUGCAUGCCACCAACGGGAUGGUCGACCAGUACAACCAAUAUGUACUACCACAACUCUUACAGGAAUUAGAAGACGUUUACUCCGACUUGUGUAUGUCCCUGUCGGACGCGGUUCUCCAAGGAUCCGAUGUCAUAUACAACAAGUCCAGCGAUCAGUCGAAGAGAUACAACGCUCUGGGAUCCCAAUGUCGACAGCUGACACCUGGUUCGGAUUUGGUUGCUUUCGCUCGAUCCCUAACACCACUGCCCACCACGCCGCACCCGUCGCAGCGGACCCGAAGCUAUUGUCCGCCACAAGCUCCGGCGGACACCGAGGGAAUGCUCUUGGAACCCGGGGUCACGGAGGCCAUAGCACAGCUGGCGUUAAAAAACGAACUGAUUGUCGACAGACUGGCCAGCUUGGACGUGCGAGCAGGAUACGACACUAUACGAGCGGAAUUGAUGGACCUCGAGUCUCAGAUGAAACAGAUACAAGAUUCGGUGGAAACGUUUAAGCGCUUACAACAAAGGUUUAUUAUACUGGCAUAG